CUGCUACUAAUACCACUACUACGACGACGACAACGACGACUACUGCAAACCACCAGGUCAGGAACAAACCACAGACCAGAUCUAGUAAAUCAACCUGGUUUGGUCUUGGUCGAAGCACACUCUCUUCAAAGCGUCUCGUUUGAAAGGGCCUGCGAUUGGCGGUGGCGUUUGCCUGGCGCUGCAGCAAGCUUAGCAGUGUCGCCGUGUGGACGAUAGCUGUGACGUUUAGACCACCCAAAAGUGGGAUUAUGCACGUGAGCAUAGACGACCUGUAGAUGACCCCGCAACCACGUAUGGGAGGUUUCCUAGAUGUAGUAUAUAUAUAAUUUGCGUUCUUGCACCAGAGGCCCAAAUAGGGGAUCGGCAAGUAGAGCACACCACAUACAUAUAAAUAAAUAAAAAUAGGAAAUAUGUACAGUAUUGGUGACACCGGCGAUUGCCCAUUUACUACUACUAGGGGGAUCCUCACCGGCGGAGUUCAUCGAGGGCAGGAUGUACAAUCAGGAGUACAAAGAGUGCUGGUGCAAACAGAAUGGGUACCAUGCAAUCACCACAAGGAGAGAACAUCAUUUGGACACGCAGUGUCACAAGCGCCAGAAACAUGGGUAAAGCCUUGGGAGGAGACAGGAAAGCACAAUGGGAGAGAAAAGACAUGAUACUCGAGGCUUAUCAGAUGAGAAUGAACCCCCAAAAAGGCAGAGGAGGCAAUGCGAGUAGAGAGAACCCAAAGAUACAACCAUGGCGACCGACUUGAUCGAAACGCGCCUAGGACCGGCGCCUAUCCCGAGCUUCCGCCACAUGUGUUUCAUUGCCUAGAGUUGCGGGCGCCGCUGCAUGUUGCCAUCUUGAGAGUUCUGGUGGGUUCGACAGGCGUUGCGUUGUUGCUCCUUGCAUUGGCCUGCCCUUUGUACGUGGUGCGGAAUGCGCCGCUGGAAGGACGAACGGGUGCCAUGAAGGUGGCUCUACUGCUUCUACCCUUGACUCUGGCGCCGGUCUGGGUCUUUUUCCUCUCGCAGCUCGUCAUGGAGGAGCUCGGCUUGGGCUGUACCGGCGACAGCCCCCACCACCCCGACCCCGGUCUCCGGGGCCCCGUGGGCCCUGGAGGCCCUGGGUUAGUGCCAUGAAUCGACGCCCGUCUCGGAGAAAAUCCAAAGAAUCGGCAGAAUCUCGGUCCUUGUAGCGUCC